UUCGGAGAACCAGUACGCUCGGUCAUCGAUUCGGAGCGAGAGAAUUUUUGGUGAGCGAUCUUAUUCUCUCGUAUAACUUCCGCCGUACGUAACAAAGAUUUCGACGUUGGCAAUGUGCGAUCGGGAGGCCACAAAUGUCAUUUCGGAGGCGAAUUGAAUUGCAAGAAUGUGGGCCACGCGCAAUUAUUCGAUCUGACUCGCCUCAGUGAUGAAAAAGAAACAUGGAGGAACGAUCAAUGAGACAUCGCGGCGUGUUUUUUGCAUUGCUGAUCACGUGGCUAACAAUUCUGUCAAUUACGAGGUGUCAAAGCAUAUGUCCUGACAGAUGUCUGUGCCGCCUUAACCAAUUACCUAGAACCAUCGAGUGUUCGAAGCAAGGAAUACUGAUAUUUCCUGAAAAUAUUAAUGAUGUGGUCGAGCAUCUGGAUUUGUCGAAUAAUCGUAUAAGUAAGAUCACCGACGAAGUCAAUCGGCUGAUUGAUCUACAGUACCUAAAUCUGGCCAAGAAUCAGCUCAAGUCCUUGCCGAAUAUUGAAGAAUUAAGAAAGCUUCGUAGACUAGAUCUAUCAGACAACCUCAUCGCAAAUACGGCAGAUAUUGCUUCCAUUAGCCAGCUACCAUCCCUAGCAGUUCUAUACAUCUCAAGGAAUCUAUUACCUGACUUGAAAGGGCUAACCAGCGAAGUGCUUCAGGCAGUGGAUGCCGGUCAUUGCCUCAUAAAAGUAUUCGGCAAUGAAUCCUUGAAUGGACUAUCGGCACUGAACACUCUAAGUCUCGCAGGAAAUCCGCUGAAAAGUAUUCAAGCACCUGUCAGCGAGACAUUGCGAUGGUUGGACAUGUCUGAUUGCGCUCUAAAUUAUCUGAAUCCAGACACUUUUAUCGGAUUUCCUGAAUUAGAGGAUCUACGACUGGUCAAUAAUCCUACAUUAGCGUACAGCACUAGAUAUUCGACUUUAGAGCACCUAAAGCUAAAAAAAUUGGACGUAUCGAGAUGUAACCUUGACCGACCGGGUCUUCAUGGUUUACCGUCGUUGACGCAGGCUCGACUCUCUCACAAUAUAAUUCGUUUACUGCCAGAUCGUAUUUUCGCCAAAAACAGGCAGCUGACACACUUGUAUCUGAACUCGAACAACUUGGCGCUAUUGAAUGCCAGCACAUUUGAAGGUUUGAUGGAGCUUCAAGUACUGGAUCUAUCUGCGAACAGUCUUGGAGAAAUUCACAAGCUAACGUUCCGGGAUAACGUCGAUCUCAGAUUUCUGAAUCUUUCCUACAACUCUCUGUACCGAUUCCCAUAUCUGUCGUCUUUUGUUACGACAUUGGACCUAUCCUUCAAUCUAAUCAAUCACUUUAGGGAGAAUUCUUUAGAAGACCUGUCCAGAAUCAAAAUUCUGAAUUUGAAAGACAAUCAUCUGCAGUCGUUACCGCACGGCUUAAAUUCGAAGACGUUAAGAAUACUAGACGUGCAGAGAAACAGACUCGUCGAGUUACACAAUGACAGCUUUGCUGAAUUACCAUUAUUGCAAAAGAUCGACUUGUCAGGAAAUCGCUUGACGGAGGCGAUGCAUCCGGACAUAUUUCAAAACAAUCUACAUUUGACCACAAUCCGUUUAGAGGAUAAUCCAUGGAGAUGCGACUGUAUGCAGCUCUAUGACACCUUCGAGUACUUAACGGAACCUCCGCCCAAAACUGUAGGUUCGACUUUGAUCUGUCAAAGUCCGGCGAACGUUUCCGGCUAUUCGUGGGAAGCCGCAUGUUUCAAUGAAUGGAAUAUUAACUUGUAUUAUCCUAAAGAUAGAACUUGGGGAAUGGUAAUGAUCAGCUUGCUCAUUCUAGUCGUUCUGUGUGGCAGCGUGAUAUCGAUUAAGCACACCCUAAAGAUAAAGAGAAGAGUCCUUGAGCAGAGGCGGCAAAUAGAAUUAGCAGAAGAGAGAGAACGAUUACGACGUUCGCAAAGGAGGAAUCAGCGUUUAGAGGAUGAAAUAGAGGCAUUGGAGACUCCAGAAGAAAUCAGAAUUAAUCCUUUAGAACUAGUCAGUCCACCUAGCUAUGAGGAAGCAGUACAGAUGCAGAGACUAGUUCAUUCCAUGAAUGCUUUAAACGAGAUUUCCAUCGACAAUGGCACUUUGCGUUCUAUAAAUUCUAUGGAUAAUCUACGGACAAAGAAAAGAAGAACGAGGAGACCUCGAAAACGGACUCAGAGCGAAGAUGAUCUACUAAGACGGGAAGAACGCCGGCAGGAACGAAUCAGAAGAGAGAGAAAUAAUUCCAGUGGUAACAUAUGUGACACGGGUCAACUGCAUAAUACGAAUCCUAGAACUUCCUCGGCGCGCAGAGCCAGGAGGCAUAGCAUUGUGGACGAGACUCUCGAGUCCAGCAGUAGCAAGGACAGGCCAAGGCCGCAAACGCCUACCUCGAAGAAGAGAAAGAGAAGACAUGUGUUUAGAAACGAGCAUGUGACCGACGAUGAAGAUUCCGACGUCCAGGUAAUGAGUUCGAACCGUUCCAUUGUCAUCAAGGAACUCAAACGAGAGCCCAAGAGUGGUUACAGAGAAUCGUUUGUGGAACGCGAGUCUUAAAUUAUUUCCAUUUGUGAAUUGUU